UUCGAAAGAAUAACGAAAGAAAUAUCGAUACUAUUCUGACAAGAUAUUUCAUGAUGCUAUUGAUUAAAUUAUCUCAUUAAUAAACUCGAGCUUUAAGAAUGUAAACGUGACUUUAAUAUCUCUACUUUUAAUUCUACUGACGCGUUGCAUCAUCUUAAGGUCAUAUAUUGUUCCGUUCUACAUAUCGCAUUAUUUUAUACCUGUGCAAUAAUAAAUUAUUAAGUAGAACGAUGUAUGUAUAUGUCGCUCAACUUGUUACGUUGUUUCUCUCUUUCAUUCUUUUAUCGAUCACAUUUGACUUGAACGAAUAGACUUGAAACUUGAACUUUGACAAAUAAAACAGUAACAUUGCGCACGAUCUAUAUAUGAUUAGGCAAAGCUGUCUCAGCAGUUGCUGAUAACCUCUCGAUAAUGAAUUUUUAAAUUUAAAAUCUCCUUGACGUGUUAAAAAUAUCUCCAAAGUAAAAACUUCCGUACUUGUAUGGAGUUAUCUGAUUUUUUUCAGACUGAUUAAUUAACUUAAUUUGCCAAUUAAUCAAAAAUUCGUCGUAUGUGUCACAGUCAAUCAAUAAUCUAUCACGUGCAGCAAGAAUAAAUCCGAUCAUGUAAAUUAAUUUGCGAAUUAAUGAAAAAUUCGUCGUAUCUGUCACAGUCAAUCAAUAAUCUAUCACGUGCAGCAAGAAUAACUCCGAUCAUGUAGAAUCAUCUAUCGGGAAAAAAAUUUCAUCGCAAUCAUGUCAGCUAAACGCACAAAAUUGCCGUUGUACGGCAGCCGCGAAGAAGCUCCUCCGGAAGAGUGCAGGGAACACUACCUGUUCUUGUUGGAGCUGUUCGUGAAGCAGGCGUCGGGCGACCGCCUGGCCAAAUUGAAUAAGAUGUUCUUCGUGCCAACGAGCGUUCAUUUUGGAUUUCUCGAUUUUGUAGACGAGGAUGAUCUGACCGUGACUCCGGUGGAUCUUCUCUUUCAACCGCAGGCGGGCGUCGCUAACGACGUCGAGGUCUUCAACGCCGGAAAGUCGGUGCUGUUCGCCAUCGAUCACGAGGCGGUGACAGAUCGCACCGUAAAAAUGAUUCUAAAGAUCACCGCGAAGAAAAAGAUGCCGGACAGCAUCAAGCCGGACAUCCUGGUUGGCGUCGGCGAGCUAGAUUUGUCCGGUCAGUACGCAGCUUUGAGACUAGAGAUGCUGCAGUGCUGGAGAAAGGGUGUCACGACAUCCAAGGUAUUUGACGGUCAAAUACCGUUGAUUCACAAUGAGAACUUAUCGAGCAAUCUGGACAUCUUUGUGAGAAUAUCCGGCUUCGGGCAGACGAUUGUUACGGAAUUUGACGGACCGAUCGCGCAGGAUUCCUCGACGUUUAUCUUUGGCUCUGGAGAGCUUGAUCAAGUUUUAUCGUACAAAUGUCGCAAAAUGGAUUCUCGCACGAUUGAUCUCUUCGAGGAUUCUAGCGAGGAUCUUCCGACAACUUGUCCCGUUUGCGAACCGGAAAGGUAUCCUUGUGUGCCGUGUGGGAAACUGGCGGCUGUCGAAGAGAGGGACAAAGGAGACGCCGGGAUGGCAAGAAAAAAAGAUACGUCGUCAAAAAGUCUUCUCCAAUCUAAUUGCGGUCUGACUCAGCCUUGCGGCAAACCAGUGGUUCUCAAAGUAUCUGGUCUCUUUGACAACGGCGACAUCGGUGGGAUCAAACCUACAGUAACAGUUGCUUCGGAGCCAGGCGAAUCGUCCGAUCCUGACCAUGACAUUUUUGUCCUAAGGAUCGGCAAGAAAGGCCUCGUUGGCGUCGGCGAGAAGUCUGAUAUACAGUUGGAGAUGAAAACCCCGAAAGGAUCGGAAAGAAGGCCCCCGAUCAGAUACGAGACUAGAGAUAUGCAGACGGAGAGAUCCGAAGAAGAGACACCAAAGGAUAAAAAAAAGAAAAAGAAGAAUAAAUAAUCAUGAAUGCGCGUCAAGAUCGAGAAUCGAAUUCUGAUAAAUUCUGUAUUUAUUUGAAAGGAUUUAUUUCGCGGUGAUAUUUUUCUUAUUGUCGUUUGUGAUCACACAACUUCUGAUAUAACACUGUAUUUGUCACAUAAAUAUAAAUUUAAAUUUAAUUGCAUUUUUAAGUUUCUUAUACUAUA